AUGUCACUAUUUGCAUUUAACGAUUUCGAACUUUAUAAGGGCAAUUAUAGCGGUCUUCAUAAUGAUUAUGAAUAUAGAGGGAUGCAAUUGCCCCUUCAUAUUUUACAUUGGACGUUUGCACUAUCAUUUGAGUGCGUAAAUGAUUAUGUCGAAAAAACCUUAGCCUUUCAACAAAAUUGGCAGCAUUCGUUCACAAUAUCUGUUGUGUAUUUUUUAUUAAUAAAAUUAGUUCAACGAAUGAUGCGAAAUCAAAAACCGUUCAAUCUUCGUAUACCACUUGUAGUUUGGAAUGGAAUUCUUUCAGUUUUUAGUAUUCUUGGAUUUAUACGCUUUUCUGAGGAUUUGAUCCAUUCAUUGAUUUACAAAGGACUCUAUCCAUCAUUAUGCUAUUCGGUGAAACCAGAUGGUGUCGCAGCUUUUUGGUCAACUUUAUUUGCUGCCUCAAAAGUAGCCGAAUUAGGCGAUACCUUAUUUAUAGUGCUAAGAAAGAAGCCGCUUAUUUUCCUCCACUAUUAUCACCAUGCCGCUGUCCUAGUAUAUACCGCUCAUUCAGGUGCUGAACACACUGGGUCAGGACGUAUGUUUAUUAGUAUGAAUUUUUUGGUACAUUCUGCGAUGUAUUUAUAUUAUACGUUAACUUCGUAUGGAAUUCGACCAGCAAAAUGGAUAUCAAUGUGCAUCACAAGCCUCCAAACGAUUCAAAUGUUUUUGGGAAUAAUCGUUUCAUUGUACGUUUAUAGGAUUAAACUGGAAGGCAAAUUACCAUGCCAACAAUCAAUGAAAAAUUUGGCCCUUGCAUUUAUAAUCUAUGUUACCUUCGCAGCUUUAUUCGUUCAUUUCUUUAUCAAAUCCUAUAUAAGGAAAAAUAAAAUUCGACAAAAGAAAGCUGAUUAA